GGACUGAGCGUGUUUGGCCCGGCAGAUAUUUUCCUCCCGCUUAACACUUUUGUUUUUUUUCUUCUCUCAUUUAAUGCGUUACGCCCCCAAUUUGACUUUACUAGAGGGAGAGAAUGGGACUUGUGCGCUCGCUGGUGCGGUCCGUUGACUUCGGAUCCGAGCGCCAUGUCGCACCGCAAAGAAGAAGAUGACCUAGUCUCGCCGGUGUCCCCGGCCUCGGUCGUCUUUCCAAUCGACCAGCCGGGUGCGCUGAGCCGUACAAACAGUAUCGACUUGGUUCGCGAUGCAAGUCGUUCUCGGUUCCCGGAGCCCGUCCAUUUUCAGGUGCCAAUACAGGCGCCCAGCCCGUCAGCGGCUGCGCGCAGGGACAGCCCGCAAAUUUCACCCAGAACUUCGCUCGAUAAUGGGUAUGUUGUGUGCGAAAAGAGGGCGGCGAGGAGGAUGCAGCAAGCUGAUGAUCAUGACAGUCAACGUCAACAACAACAACAACAACAACAACAACAAUUCAACCAGUACAGAUCCCGGGCGGACAGUACUGCAGUAGCACAGCACUCCGAGAGUCGUGCACCAACCAAUCUGGAUACUUUCCAAUUUCAGCCGAACCAAGAUCAAUGCCGGUAUCAGCAGUCUUUUGCAUAUGGAGACUACAAGCCUACCACUCAUGCAAUCCGAUCCGACUCAACGGCCAGCACCAUCAUCACCCCGCCUGAGCCUCCCAGCAAGUGGGCCUAUAUGACCCAGGACGGUUGGCUCAUCGAGACCGUCUCGCUAGUGUUUAGUCUCUUGUGCGUCAUCGGGCUCGUGGUUAUCCUUGUCCUAAUCCAGGGGCGGAAGGUAGACGAGUGGCCCGUGAUCCUGACGCCCAACACCUUCGUUUCGCUGCUGUCAACACUUUCCAAGGCGGCGCUGCUUGUGCCAGUCGCCAAUAGCAUCGGACAACUCAAGUGGCUUCAUUUUGAACAGGGGAGGCCCCGAAGACUCGUGGAUCUUGAGGUCUUCGACGGCGCCACCCGCGGGCCAGCCGGCGCCUUGUCCUUGCUGUGGAACGGCAGUACUCGAAGCUCAGUUGCCGUCCUUGGUUCCGUCAUUACUAUUCUUGCCCUGCUUGCCGAUCCUUUCUCGCAGCAGGCAAUUAACAUUACCAGCCAGUCGGGUGUGUCAUCGAAGGGUGUUGCUCUGUUUUCCAACGCCACAGUGUACGACUCGGGUGCAAGCGUCAGGGGCCAACAGUCUACUGUCAACCCUGACGCUUCCAUGUAUGGAGCAGUCCUCAAUGGCGUCUUCACUUCGACAUCAACAAGCUUGGGAUAUGUUUGCACUACAUCCAACUGCAACUGGCCGGGCAGCUACCCGUUCCUCGGCGUACGGUCCAGCUGCAGCAACGUGACUCACCUGACGACCGAAGACUGCUCUACUCCUGGUAGUGAUGGUCAGUUUCAGUGCAGCUAUGAAACUCCAGGAAACCUCACUAUUCAAACAAAGACCUUCUUGGACCAAGGUAACCUUCGAUCGACAGUGCUUAACGCGGUGAGCGCCACCCAACUGAACAGCCGAGACGCCCAACUUGCGCGUUACGCAGUUUGGAAGCGUCAGACCGACCGGAACUCGUCCUGGGAGGUCACCGAGUGCACGCUGUCAUUCGCCGCCUACUACUACGGCAACAUCUCUGUAAUUAAGAACAGGAUGCUUGUGAGCGCCUCGGUCGUUUAUCCACUUCGAGGACCUCCCGGACCAGAUUUCGACAACGCCAGAGGGCAAGCACAGGUUAUGUGGCGCUUCAUGCCCAACAUGACCAACUCGCUCGAGGACGAUCAGACCAUGGGCUUUGAAGCCGGCGGGAAGGUGUCGCGGGGUCCUGAAGAGUGGCGACAAGGCCUCGAGCCCGUUGAGAUGAUGGUCGGCCUCGGAGACUUUUUGAAGGCCAGGGAGAUUCUCUCCAGCGAGGUUUUCACAGCCAACCUGGAAGAGCCGCAGCCAGUCGACUCCUUCGACCCUGGCGCCCGUGGCGUGGCAAGGACUGUGCUCGCCACGGAGGACACGUCAAUGCUGUCCAGAAGACUGGCGCGCAGCAUGACUGAGCGGCUUCGUCGCGGUGGCAGCGGCAACUCCGUACAGCAAGCACAGAGUCGCUUCGUCCGCGGCGUCGCCAUGGAGCAAGCGGCCUUUUACACCGUGUCCUGGGGAUUUUUCGUGUACCUGCCGACAUUGGUCGUUUUCGCCACGAUCCUGCUCCUCGUCACGGUCCAUCAGGUCUCGCGUCACGACGCGCGGGAGAGGAAGUCGGCAGGCUUGGAUGCGUCGACAAACAUGCCCAGGUACAAAAACAGUUCAGUCGCACUACUGCUGGGCAAUGUCCAGGGGUUUGAGGGAAGCAGCCGGGUCGAGGCAGCGAAGAGCACCCGUGCGGGGAUGAAGACCUUGGCGAAGAAGGAAUGCGUCUUGAAGUGGAGGGACGGGUUUGUCCGCGCUGGCAUGCCCGAAACGUAA